AAAACGACCGUUACACACACUGAGUUGGACUUACGUGCCUGGUGAUUGAUUGACCCGCCCUCAGUAUGUCGCCCACGAAAGACGAGGGCCAGAGCCCGGCCCCAUCUGCCGGAUCCGGCCAGCCCGUUGAGAAACCCGCGGCGCCGGAGGCUGAAUCCCCGCCGGACCCCGAAGAGCACGACCCCUACUACCCGCCCGUUAUCACGCUACCCGAGGUGAUCAUAAAUUCCGGCGAAGAGGACGAGGAUGAGCUGUUUCGCAUGCGUUCCAAACUGUUUCGCUACGAUUCCGCGGCUGAUCCGCCAGAGUGGAAAGAGCGCGGCACCGGCGACAUCAAGAUCCUACAGCACAAGGAAAAAGGAAGUAACCCGAGCCCAAGCGAAAGCUCUUGAAAGCAAAACCAAUGAAGAGGGUGAGGAUGAGGAGCUGGCCAAGGCCGUGGACAAGGUCGAUCUCAAUGCCGAGAAGGAGAAUCUCAAGGCCAACAAUUGACGGCAUCACGCAUCCAAAGCAGCAUUGUAUUAUAUCUAUAUAAUCUUAAGAUCUCUGGUGGUCCCGAUUUUUCACAUUCCUACCUUUGGAACAAGCGAAUACAUCAUGAACAUAAACAA